GCAUUAAAGACUGUGGAAUUAAAGUUACUGCAGGACUUAUGAGCUAUUAACUGCAGAAUCUUUGUUAAGAAGAACUGGCAUGAAAAUGCUGAUUUUCAUCCAGGCAACCAGCGCUAUAGCGGUAGUCCUAGGCGGGGUGGUCUUCUCCAAAGUACCCAUUGCCCCAGCAAGAGCAACGAGGCCACCGACAGUGAUCAUUGGUCUCAUAGCGCGGAAGCGGAAUACCUGCAUCAAUGAGGCUCCUGGCUUUGGAGUACUUCUGCUAAAGAAGCGCGGCAAAAAGCUUAAGGUAGCCUAGAAUCUUGCGAUAACUUCUGGAAUGAGUGCGCAC